CAGCCUCCGCAGUUUCUACACAACGGCUUUCUCCGCAAAACAAUACAAAAAAACAAUUUUUUUGACCAAAACAACACAAGUGUGCAAGCUUUCGUGUUCUCCAGAACUCUUCACCAGGCUGCAUGUUACACCCACAAAGCACAACUGGAAAAAGAAGACGCUUCAGCAAAAGAUGUAAAAUCCUGGUAUAAUCUGCCCUGCGCUGAUGUUAGACGCAGAGAUAAGAGAUACUUCUAGCGGACUCCGGCCAGAUGUCCUAAGGAGAGGAGAAGAAACGGCCAGAUAUGAAAUGACGGAGGCGCGGGGGAGAUGAGGAAAAAAGCACAAGCCGCAAUCUCUAAAGGUUUUAUCACUUCUGGCGCAACGCCGCUCUGUUUGGACUACAGGAGCCUUCCAGGCAGGAAGCUACUUAUUGGCCUCACGCCUGAACAACUACUUGCGAGUCUUUCCGAAAUAGUCCGACUACUACCGGACAUGUCUGUGGUCGAAUACGGAAAACCCCGAGUGAACCCGAAACAAGCCGAAGAUUGAUCAGACGGUUACGGAAGUGCACGAAGAUUACACUAGAACAGAUCUCGGCCGAGGUACCAUCAUGGCGGAACUGAUCGCGCAGCUCCGAGCAGAUGGGAUCCAGAAACGGGUUGUGCAAGAAGGUCGAGGAGAGCUUCCCGAUUACCAAGAUGGUACCAAGGCUACCUUCCAUUACCGCACUCUGCUCUGUAGUCUGGACCAGCGGGUCUUAGAUGAUAGUCGUACCCGGGACAAACCCAUGGAGCUCAUAAUUGGCAAGAAAUUCAAGCUGCCUGUCUGGGAAACCAUCUUGUGCACCAUGAAGGAGGGAGAGCUGGCUGAGUUUUUGUGUGACACAAAGCAUGUAGUGCUGUACCCAACAGUGUCAAAGAGCUUGCGAAACAUUGCAGCAGGGAAAGACCCAUUGGAGGGACAGCGACAUUGCUGUGGCAUUGCCCAAAUGCAUGAGCAUCACUCGCUGGGCUAUCCGGACCUUGAUGAGCUCCAGCAGAAUCCUCAGCCUCUAAUCUUUGCUAUCGAGAUGCUCAAGGUGGAGGGCCCGGGCUCAUAUCGGCAGGAUCCUUGGGCCAUGUCAGAUGAGGAGAAGAUGAAGGCUGUGCCCCUGAUACAUCAGGAGGGCAAUGAGCUCUACAAGCAAGGCAAGGUGCAGGAGGCUGCUGCCAAGUAUUAUGAUGCCAUCGCUUGCCUCAAAAACCUGCAGAUGAAGGAGCAGCCAGGGUCCCCAGAUUGGAUCCAGCUGGACCAACAGAUCACCCCCUUACUGCUGAAUUACUGCCAGUGUAAGCUGCUGAGUGAGGAGUACUAUGAGGUGCUGGAUCACUGCUCUUCCAUUCUCAACAAAUAUGAAGAUAAUGUCAAGGCCUACUUCAAGAGAGCCAAGGCACAUGCAGCAGUUUGGAAUGCAGCUGAAGCUCAGGCCGACUUUGCCAAAGUGCUGCAGCUGGAUCCGUCAUUGGGGCCUGUGGUUGCGCGGGAGCUGCGCAGCCUGGACAGCCGCUUGCGUCAGAAAGAUGAUGAGGACAAGGCCCGUUUCAAAGGCAUCUUCUCCCAGUAGCCACAUCACAGGCCCCUGUCCUCAGUUGGGGCAGCUCAGGCUUUGCCAUCAGCACCCAAGUGCAAGACAGCAGAAAUGGACUGUGUGGCUCUUUGACGGGGUCGGUGGGUACCUGCCCUCUAUAUAGAUACUGGAGGAACUGGCCUUUCUUGUCAACAAAUUGUGUCAUCUUUGUGCAAAUGGUCCUGUUUGCUGCUGCCAAAGUAAGUGGGAGAGGGGCAGGGAAACCUUUCUGAUUACCCAAGUCAAAGGAGGUGGACAAAGCUUAUGAGAGUGCGUCUGCCAGAUAUGAUGUAUGCCUCUGUUUUACCCACAGAAGAGAUUACUUACCCUGUUGUGCCACAGUGGGUGCCUUCUGUUACUUGUGGAGAGGGAACUUCCUGAACUGGUGCAAUAUGUAAGGGCCAGAAAAGACUUGCUGGGGAUUUCCUUAUUAAGCUAAGGCUUCCCAUUCUGCUGUUUUCAAGUGUGAAAGGCUAGCAUUUCUCCAUCUCCACAGCAAUUUUUUCUUUGGCCACAAGACGGUCUGUCCAAGCUGAGGUGUUGGCAGGAAGCACUGGGUUGAUCAUUUGGGACGAGGGGUGUGCAGAAAUGAUCGGUGCUCCUUGUAGUAUUCCCUCCCCCCUGCACACUCCUUCUGUGAGACUAGUAGGAGCUUUUCAGUUCGCUGUCCCACAUGCAUGCACCCACAGACAUGCAUCCACAAGUGUGUGCCAGAUUUCAGCUGUUGUGCUGGUCUCUAGGUUAUGUUUCUAGCCCUUUCUGGUAUCUAGGUUGUUUCUAGGUUAAGCCAUUUCUAGCUUAUUCCUGUCUGGGAGCAUGGCUUGGAAUCCAGAUAAUUACUCUGUUGUGGAGAAAGCUCAGACAGUGUCUUUAUGCUGAAUAAAGGAAGAAAGCAAAAGGUACAUGCUCUUGUCAAAGUCAGUGCAGCAGGUCUUGUUUAAGAAGAAGCAUUACAUCACCAAUCUGCGUAGUUGUUUCUAAGCUCAAGCAGGGACAGCUGCAUAGGCGACCCUUGGUUCAAAGGGUUAAAGAGUUCUGUUGCUGAUAUAGCUGAUGAUUUUAGUCAGUGGGAGAGAACACUGAUUGAUGGUUCCAUGUAUUAUAUAGGUCAAGUCCCUCUGUGUAAUGCAGGCUCCUUACUACCAGGUAUGAUGAGAACUGUCCGGGUCCCUGUUUGUUGGAGAUCCAGGGCUGGAAGGAGCUGCAGUAGUUGAGGUUCCCCUGCCAAAGACAAGUUGCUUCGUUUGGCCUCUCAACUGUAGAUGGGGCCCUUGGUGGUCAGAGAGAGAAGUUCUGCAUUUCCUGAUCAUUGCACUGCCUUCAGCAGCAAAUGUGGCUGAGUGGUUAGGAACAGCAACUGGCCCCAGUUUCUUCCUGCCUUGUCUGAAUACAGGGUUUGGAAGUGAACAGCAAGGGAAGAUUCCUGUAAGCACCCAAAGCCUGUGUAUCAAGUGAUGUGUUCCACAGCACAUUCCAACUGUCCCUCCAAGGUGGGUGGGGCUCCAUGUGAUUCUCUGCCACAGGAUCUCUCUCCUCAGUGCUUCCUCUAAAAUCUCAGCCACAUGAAACAUCUUGGAGGUCUUUUUUGCAGCAGUGGCUCAUUGAAGGCCAGGAAGCAUCAGGAGAGCAGUGCUCAAUAGACAUCCUCUUCUCUGUCAUUAUCAGCUGUCAGAAACCCAGGAAGUUUCAGUUGUAGAAUCAUUUUCUACAUAGUAAAAUGUGACGGGUAUUGCACACACUUUUUUUUUAUCUUGCAGAAACUGGGUCUAAAAGAAAUGGGGUUGCUGACAAGGAUAGGAUGCAAAGAGCAUUUGCCUAGUGCAUUCCUCAACAGGGAGCCAAACUAUAAGUGACGCCUGACACAGGUUGGACGCUUGUCAGCUUCCCUCAAGUUUUGAUGGGAAAUGUAGGCAUCCUGGUCUUGCAGGUGUAAUGGAGAGCCAAGCUGAAAGACCAGGACGCCUA